UGUAACAGAUGACAAAAUGUGUGUUUCGUUAGGUUUAUAGCUGAAACGAUUUUUUUUCGUUAAUAUUUGUAUUUAUGUCUCUGAAGUACAAACUUAUCCCUUUACAUGAAAGAUUCGAGAUUUUGAAUGAGUGUUGUGAGCUAUUGAAUACUGAAUGGAAGAAAAGUUAUGGCAUUAGGUCUAGGUCAUUGAAUCAGUCCUGCGAUAGUUUGCCAUGUAAUCUUUUGAUGAUUCAUGAAGAACAGGGAAAUACUUUUCUUAUAGGUCAUUCCCGUCUUACAGAGGUCAUAGGGGAGCCAACAUCAAUAUUUUUAACAUCUGUAAUAAUCCAACCAUCGAAGAGAGGACAAGGAUUGGGGAAGUUACUGAUGUCUUUUACUGAACAAUAUGCACUUAACAUGGGUUACACAACUGUGUGCUUAAGCACUGAGAAUAAGCUUGAAUUUUACAUUAAAUGUGGUUAUGUGGAAAGUGGUCCUGUUGAGCAAUGUGUAGGAAAACAACUACAAAACAAAAUUCUACAGUUGAAAAACGGUACACGUCACAGUAUUCAAUCCAACGCACACAAUAGUACGAAUCAACUAAUGGAACAUAACAGUAUAAAUCGAACUAUGGAACAUAAUAACAGUACAGUUGAACCCAUGGAACAUACAUCAAAUGUCUCGCAUAACAUUCCCCCACCACCAAAGUUGAAAAUGCUGCAAAUCAAAACAAACGAAAAUAUGAAGAAAUUUUGGAUGCGAAAAGUUCUUACAUAGAAACAGAAAAAGGUAUAUGCUGCCGUACGUACUUUGCAAGAUUAAACAAAUACUCUGUAUUCCUGCCACUUGGGCCAACAGAACUGCUUAUAACAUCUGCAAUAUCUUUCAAUUGUGCGGGUCCAGCAAAAUCUGGAUUUCCUGGAUUCCCAAUAUAUAUCAUCAAGCUAAAAGGUUGCAGGCCCUGGUCUCGGGGAUGGAAAAGAACAUAUUCUGCAGUGUACCCUCCCUUUUCUCUGUAGUCGAGAUUUUUCUUAACUUCUUGGACUCUGUUUUCCGGUAUCCUGUAUGCAACACCCCAUACAGUAGAUUCUGGUUCUUUUAUCAGGGUGACUACUCUUCCAGGCUGUUAAAAUAAAGAAAAUAUAACAUGAUAUAAAUUUUCACACCUAUAUAUACCUUACUUUUUCCGGUAUUCCUCUAUGGUCAGUGCUAUGCUGCCAGAAUCUUCUCUGGUAACCUUUUAUGUACCCAAUCACCCUUUCUUCGUAUGGAAAAUCUAUUUUCCAAAGCAGUGAGCCGUAUCCAAACACCCACAUAAUUCCAGACAAUGUUAUUUUUUUGUAUAGUUAUUACCAGCGUUGGGGCAUACCUUCGUAAAACAUUAGUUUUGUUUUAGGAAAAAUUGUUACAAAGAGGUUGCAUAGUUUUAGAACGUUGAUAUAUCUGUACGGUAUGAGCACUACAAAGUUUUAUUAUUUGUUCGUAUCAGCAUAGCUACUUCAAAGUAUUAAAUUAGCUCGUAUAAAAUAAAUACCGCUAUACGCGUUAACGCGUAUAACUUCAAAAAUAUUACAACUAUAAAACCGUUGUUUAAGAACAGUAUACCAAUAAUAUCGCUUUGUCAAAAAAUAAAUCUUGUAUACAUUACCCUUGUUAAUUUCCUUGUAUUAAUUUUCUAAUUACUGUUUCCGUUCUUAUUAAUUAUUAAAUUUCUUAUUUGUUGGUGCAAUUUCCGCUGAAUCAUGGUACCAUAGAAAUCUAACACAUAAAAGGCUUUGUUUAG